AUGGAGAACCUGAGCAAAUGGGCCACCUCCAAGGAGCCCCAGCUGGCCAGCAGCCGUGGGAGGGUCUGCAAGGACCUGUGGGAGGCAGAUGAUAUUGCUGACAAUGUGCUGGAGAUGGAGUUCAUGCAGAAACAGACUUACAUUGGGCAAAUUUUGAUUUCUGUGAAUCCUUUCAAAGACCUCAAUAUCUACUCUGAAGAUGUGGCUACCGAGUACCAGCAAGGGACUCUCUCAAAAAGUGCCCCACACAUCUUUGCCAUAGCAGAGAGGGCCUACACGCUGUCCCAGUCAUCAGGGCAGGAGCAGUGUGUCCUCAUCAGUGGGCACAGUGGAUCAGGUAAAACAGAAGCUGCCAAAGCCAUUGUGCAAUACCUGACCAUGCUGUACCAGGGAUCUGACAGCCACAGGAUCAGACAGCCCUGCAAUGUCCUGCCAAUCCUUGAGAGUUUUGGAAAUGCAAGAACCAUCCUCAAUGACAACUCCAGCCGUUUUGGAAAGCUGCUGAGUGUCCACCUGCGACAGGGCGUUGUGGUGGGAACAUCCAUCUCCCAGUACCUGCUGGAGAAGUCCCGUGUGGUGUUUCAGGCCCACGGUGAGAGGAACUACCACGUGUUUUACGAGCUGCUGGCAGGGCUGCCCGUGGAGCAGAAAGAGGAGUUGUACUUGCAGGAGGCAGAGUCCUACUUCUACCUGAACCAGGGCAGAGCAUGUGAAGUCCUGGGGAAGGAGGACAGUCAGGAUUUUCUGGUCUUGGUGCAAGCUCUGGAGGGAAUUGGCCUCUCAGAUGAUCAGCUGAGCUCCACCUGGGCUGUCCUGGCUGCCAUUCUGCAGCUGGGGAACAUCUGCUUUACCUCCUAUGAGGUUACAUCUUAUGAUCGGAUCUUCACCCCUCUGUCUGUAGAAGGAGCCAUUGAUGCCAGGGACUCCAUUGCCAAGGCUCUGUACUACCUGCUCUUUGAGUGGCUGCUGCUGAGGAUCAAUGAGUGGUUGGCUCCCUGGGAGUCCGACUGUGCCGUGGGCAUUGUGGACAUCCAUGGCUUUGAGGAUCUGGGGGUGAACAGCUUAGAGCAGCUCUGCAUCAACUUUGCCAAUGAGCACCUCCAGUGGUUCUUCAGCCAGACCAUCAUUGCCCAGGAAGAGGAGGAAUACAGCCAGGAGCAGUUAGCUUGGAUUCCUAUUUCCAGGAUGUGCAGUGAGUCGUGCCUGGAUUUCCUUACUGCAAAGCCCCAUGGCCUCCUGUGCAUCCUGGAUGACCAGACAUCCCUGACUCAGGCCACAGACCACACUUUCCUCCAGAAGUGUCAUUACCACCAUGGAAACAGCCCUUGGUACAGCAAGCCCAAGCUGCCUUUGCCAGAGUUCACUGUGCAGCACUAUGCUGGCCCUGUCACCUACCAGGUCCACAAGUUUCUCCAUAAAAACCGUGACCAGCUGCGGCCAGAGGUGCUGGAUAUCUUUUCCCAGAGCCGCCUCAAGGUGGUGUCUGAGAUUUUCCAGAGGGCUAAAGCUGCCUAUGGUCAGCGAAGGGAGCUGGGGGGCAGGGGCAGAGGGCUCAGGCCUCAGGCCUCCACACUGGUGUCCAAAUUCCAGCAGUCUUUGCAGGACCUCACAGCCAAGCUGAGAGGGAGCCAUGCCUUCUUCAUCCGCUGCAUCACCCCUAACCCCAGGAAGCUCUCAAAUGUCUUUGAUGUGGAAUAUGUCAACUGUCAGCUGCGACAUUCAGGGAUACUGGAGGCCAUCCACAUCCUAAAGGAGGGGUUCCCAGUCCAUCUGCCAUUCCAGAGCUUCCUGGCCAGGUACGGGCUCCUGGCAGGGAGCAGGCCCAGCAGCUUGGAGCAGAGAGAAGGCUGUGCAGCAGUGCUGGCCCACGUGGUGGGGAACCCCUCGGAUCUCUACCAGAUUGGGGUGACAAAGAGGAAAUUCCGCCGCCUCCUCCAGCGCCGGCGCCUCCGCGUCCUGCAGGAGAAAGUCACACUGAUCCAGGCUCACUUCCGAGGCUACCAGGCCAGGAAGCGUUACAGGAGGCUGAAGAAGACUUUGGUGCAAUUUAAAACCAUGAUUGUGAUCUCCAGACCUUUGAUUCAGAGGAGGAAGCGCUGCCAGGAUGUGGGGCUGCUGGAGAUCCCUGCAGAGCUCGCAGCCCUCCUGCACUUUGUUGAAGGUCGACACCAAGCACAGGCCAACCAGAUAACUGAGACACAGCCCCCAGAAGUCAAGGUCAAGGAUGACCUUUCCCUCCCACCCACCAUCAACAGCCAUCCCUUCUCCUCCUUCAUCAAAUCAUACUUCCAGAAGCCAGAUUUCCCUGCCCCUGGUCAGCCUCUGCAGCACCCCUUAACCCACCUGGAUGCUGAACACCAGGAGAGUGCACUUGAGAUAAACAAACUGAUUUUGCGCUUCAUCGGUGACCAGAGUCUCCAUGGCUGGCAGGAGGUCCUGCUGGGCAACUUCAUUGCUGCCAGAGGCUUGAGGGACGCUGCUCUGCGCGAUGAAAUCUUCAGCCAGGUGGUUGCCCAGAGCUGGAGGAACCCGGACACGGAGCGCAGCCGGCGGGGCUGGCUCCUGAUGGCCACUCUGCUCAGCUGCUUUGGCCCCUCACCAGCACUGCAGAAGCCACUGCUGAAGUUUGUGUCAGACUAUGGCAUGGAGGGCUACAGCGCUGUGUGCCAGCGCAAGAUGCUGAGGGCAGCUCAGUGCACAGGGACAGAGGCUGUGCCUGCUCGGGCUUACCCUCCCACCCAGCUGGAGUGGACAGCAAACCAGAGGAGAGGGAAGAUGGUGCUGGAUGUUCAUACCUUUAAUGAGGAGAAGUUCUCAGCUGAGGUGGAGUCCUGGAUGACUGGGGAGCAGUAUGCAGCCUGCAUCCUGAGUGCCAGGGGCUGUGACAAGAACACUCGAGGGUGGUCUGUCUCCAUGUUCACUGGCAACAUGUGGCAGGACCUGCUGGGCUGUGACUUUGUGCUGGACCUCAUUGGAGAGAUGGAGGACACCAGCAACUUCAUCAGCUCCUCCCGGGCCCCCACUGAGUACCCCAUCACCCCAGAAAGGGACAGGAGCAUCCUGCAGUCCUCUGACCUGGACAUGAUCCCUCCUGCUCCAGGUAUCCAGGCCCCUGCCUUCCCCCCACCCAGCCUGCCUCCAGAGCUUAUUGGUCUCCAUCCAGAUCCAAGGUUUAGAGAUGACCUGAGGGUCCCUGUGGGCCUGGAUCACUAUGUGGAUGAUCUCUUCAGUCCUGUGCUGCAUCAGAGCUCCAGAGCAUCUGAGAUGGAGAGCAGGGAGAAUCUCACCAGACGCAUGAAAGGAGGUGGGAAGAUUGGCCCCACACAGAGAGGAAUCUUUCCUUCUACAGGCUUGUCUGGAAUGACUCAAACACCAGUUUACCAGCCCAUGCCCUCCAUGAUGGGGAUGCCAGCAGCCAUGCCUAUGAUGCCAGGGGUUGGUGGGGUGGCACCUAUGCCAGCCAUGGUGAUGCCCCAGCCCGUGGUCCCAGCUGUGGAUCCCAGCCAGCUGGCAGCACAGCAGCAAGCCUUUAUCAACCAGCAGGCCAUGCUCAUGGCCCAGCAGAUGACUCUUCAAGCCAUGAGCAUUUCCCAGCAGCAGCAGCAGCAGGAGCUGCAGAAGCAGCAAAAGUCUCUUGAGAACUCCAGGCCAAGAGUCUCCAGCCCAGCACAAGCCUCAGCCCCAGCCACUCUCCCAAAACCCAAGAAGCCUCCCAGCAGCCAGGCUGCUGCAGAGCCAUCAAGGUCUCCAGAGCCACCAGCUAAGGCAAAAGAGCUGGAUUAUGACUAUGUGGAAGAGGAGUUCUUCAGCAGUGAGGAUGAUGAUUGUCCUCGGGAAACCUUCCAGCAGAAGAGAGAGUACUUCCAGAAGAUGGGAGAGCAGCACAUCCGAGUGAAGAAAGUCAGACCUAGCAAAACCUGGACUCCUCCAGCAAAACCCCAGCCAACAGAGGAGGAGGAGGAAAAAAAAGAGGAGCUGGAGAAGAGUCAAAAAGAGGAGCUGGAGAAGAGGAAAGAAGAGAAGCCUGUCCCUGAACCAGAGCCAGCUCCUGCUUCCCCUCUGCCACCUCCUGUGCCUAAGCCAAAAAAGGAGACACCAAAACCAAAGAGGGAGCCACCUGUAGUGAAGCCUUCAGGCCCUGAGAAGCGUCCUGCACCCAGCCACGAGAUUGGGAACAUCAUCAAAAUGUACCAGAGCAGACCAGCCCCUGAGCCCCAGCCCAUCCAGCCCAGCAGGAGAGUAUCCAGGCCAUUUAUAAAGAAAAACGACCCCAAAAAUGAGGCUCUGGCCAAGCUGGGAAUGAUGAACCCCUCACCUCAACGAUCCCCAUCUCCUGUGCCACAGGAGAAGAAAAUACCUCCACCUGUCAAGCCCAAGCCAGGCCCAGCUUCCAGCUCUAUCAAGGAAAAGCAGCUGCCCCUCCUGUCCAUCUUCAAACCAGAGGGUGCCCCCUCAGCUGCCCAGACCCCUCAUGGUCCCCCCCUUCCCUCACCAACACCUGAGGACCAAGACAGGCAGGAGCCCCCGGGGAAGGACUCUGCUGUGACAGUGGCAGGUGAUGAUGGGAUCAAGACCCAGUUGUACAAGCUCACCACCAGUGUCAGCUUUUCCUAUGUCGACCCUGCCUGGAAAAUUUUUCUGCGCAAAGAGGUGUUUUACCCCAAAGAAAAUUUCAGCCACCCUUACUGUCUGAACUUGCUGUGUGAACAGAUCAUCCGUGACACCUUCUCCGAGUCCAACUUUCGGAUCUCCAGGGAGGAGAAGCGCAAGAUGAAAGAUCUGCUGAUGGAGUUCCGCGUUGGCAGCAAUGCCCAGUCCAUCCAGGAGGAGGGGAUAAAGAAGAGGAUUGUAGUGGCUGCUCGGGACAACUGGGCCAACUAUUUCUCCCGCCUUUUCCCAGUUCAGGGUGAAAAGGGAAGUGGUGUGCAGCUCCUGGGUGUUUCUCACCGGGGCAUGAGGCUGCUGAAGGUGGAGAAAGCAGCUGGAUACCAUCCUGAGCACCUCAAGAUCCUACGCAGCUACUGCUUUGCAGAGGUACUGUCAGUGGAGAUGAAAGGCAGCAAUUCCCUGGAGUUCUCCCUGAAGACAGAGCAGCUCAUCCUGCACUCUCCGAAGGCUCCGUGCAUCAAGGCCAUGGUGGAGCUCUUCAUGCAGGAGCUGAGGCAGGACACCAACUAUGUGGUGGCCCUGCGCAGCUACAUCGUGGAUGACAAGAGCCUGCUCAGCUUCAACAAGGGUGACCUCAUCGAGCUGCUGCCCAUGCAGGGCGUGGAACCAGGGUGGCAGUUUGGCUCCACGGGUGGCCGCUGUGGUCUCUUCCCCACCAGCCUGGUGCAGCUGGCUCCUGCCAUUGACUACCUCAGCAGCAGCAUGGACAGACGGGGGGAGCAGAGGAAGAGCACGAGAGCUCCCCCAGAGAGCAGGAACACCAGCAGGGAGAGUUCUGUCCUCAGCCUGACACCAGAAGCCACCAGCACCAUGUUAGUGCCCGCUGGUGACCAUUACACCAUGACUGACUUUGCCACCGCCUACUUCCGAGAGGCUCAGUCCCUGCAGGGCCUGAAGGGGACAUCUGCUGAGAAGAAGAAUGUGGCUGAGCUGGUGCGGCACACCAAGGUCCCAAUCCAGGCGUCUCUGCUCCGGUACUCCGACAGCGAGCUGAAUGAGCUGGCAGUAAAGAACUUCCAGACACUGAUGAGGUUCAUGGGAGAUCAGCCAAAACACAAGCACCAGGCUGAGGUCCAAUGCAUCUAUGAAAUUCUUCAGCUGUGCAAGGAGAAGGAGAAUUUGCACGAUGAGAUCUACUGCCAGGUCAUCAAACAGGUCACCCACAACCCUCAGCAGGAGAGCGAGCUGCGGGGCUGGUUGCUCCUAAACCUGCUCACUGGGUACUUCCUGCCUUCCAAAAUCCUCAUGCCCUAUGCCACCAAGUUCCUGCAGUUGGCCAGCAGUGAUCCAUCCAGCACCCACCAUGAUAUAGCCAAGAUCUGCCAGAGCAACCUGCGCAAAAACUUCCUGUACGGGGGCCGCCGGCACCUCCCUUUCCCUGUGGAGAUGGAGGCACUGCUGAAGGGACACGGCGCCCGCCGGCUGGUGGUGCUGAUGCCUGGAGGCCUGGAGUACCUCACCAGGAUCAGGACAUUCACUGUGGCCAAGGAGCUCUUGCAGGAGAUCUGUGAGCAGAUGGGAAUAGGUGAACAGGAAGAAACACUGGACUUUGUUCUCUUUGCUGUCAGGAUUGACGACAAAAAUCUCGGUAAAAUGGUGAGGCCAAUAAAACUGGAGGAGUAUCUCCAUGAUUACCUGCUGGAGGACAAGCUGGUCACUGUGACCUUACGCAGGCUCAUCUGGAGGACACCUCUGCACUUUGACAACCAAGUUUACACAGAUGUCCAUUAUGGACAGGUGCUGUGGGAUUACCUGAAUGGGAGGAUCCUGCUGAACCAGAAUAAAGAAAUGGAGAUGCAGGUGGGCCUUUUGGCAAUGCUCCAGCACUGGGCCAAAGUGGAGCAGCAGAGCUCUGCUCCCUCCAGGGAAGAGCUGAAGGAAUACACUCCCAAGAGCCUGCAGGCCUCCAUCAGCCCCAAGGCUCUGCACAGCCACAUGGCCACACUGCUGAGAACAAGGCAGCCCCUCCAGCCACAGGAUGCAAAAGUCCAAUUCAUAGAGCACGUGAUGAAAUUGCCUUUCUUUGGCUACUCCAUCUUCACAGUGGAGAGAAUCAGUGAUGAAACGAUCCCUGUGCCCUGUUUCUUUGGUGUGAACAAGGAGGAGAUCAUUGUGGUGGAUGGCACCACCCAGGAGGUGUCCUGGGUGGUUCCCCUGAAGGAGCUGCAGAGGAUGCGCACCCUGAGGCCCAUGUCUGACGGGGGCCCUCCCGGCCUGGAGCUCCACUACGGCUCCCCCGAGAGCCCCAGGGCCCUGUGGCUGGAACUGUCACAGGCCAAAGAACUGUACCACACGAUUGUUGUCAUCCUGGAUAAAACAGAGCUGCACUCCUAA